AUGUUACGUCAUGUGUUGCCUAGCUCAACGACUAGGUCGGUGACAUCAUUGUUGUUUCCACUCAUCACGAGACGAGUUGUAACUCAUCAACAACAACAUUCCCUGCAAUCGACUCAUGCAGGUCACCAUCAUGCCCAGCAGCAGCAGUCAUACUUUAUACGAUCACUGACUACAUCAUCGUCAGGACAGCAACAGCAAAAUCCAACGAAAGAGAUAUCACCACAACAACAAGAACAACAGCAGCGAGAGCAAGCUGAUAGACAAUACUUCUCAAGCAUCUUCGAUUGGGACCACCUAGACAUGAUUGAAUCAAACACAAAAUCAUCAUCAUCAACGACAUCAUCAUCUUCAUCACCAACUGCAAUAGACUUGCCAACGAUACUUAGUAUACCCAAUCCAAGAAUGCGCAUAAAGACACUGAUAAAGAAUGGUCAUCUAAACAUUGUACUCGAAUUGAUAAUGAAUGAGGUCAGCGGGGCAGCGGCAGAAUCAGCAGUGCGCACUCUGACGCAGGACGACCUGCAUCAUGCCAUUGCCCUCGUCAUCAAGUAUCACCUGGUAUCAUCCCAAUUCAAUCGAUCAGUGGAGUACCUCACCACGAUGGUCAAUGCAUGUCCGACCUUCAUUGAGUCAGAGUCAUUCGCCAUCAUCUGCCACGACAUUGGCCUGGUCGACAGGAUCAACGGACCCCUGGCAGUGGACGCAAUACUCGACUCAAUACUGCCGUUCUCCAAAGAGCAGACACUGCGCCUCAUUGAUGUGUAUCUCGCGUUGGACGAGCCGAACAUAAUCAACAAACUGGUCGCCGCGCUCAAGUUUGAGAGCCACGAGACCCAGGAGGUCUAUGAGGAGAUGCUGCAUCUGGCACUCAAGAACAAAGCGACUGACAUCAUCAUGCCCUGGACAAACUUGGUCAUUGACACACACAAGAUAAUACCGUCGCUGCCAUUGCUCCAGCGACUGGUCACAUACUUCCGCACGAACCAUUUGCAGCGCGACCAUGUCACGCACAUUGUCCAGCCAUUCCUGGACAGGAAGGACUAUUACAACAUCGCCGCCAUCAUUGCCUACAACGAAUUGGUCGACACGAUACCUAGCACGCGCACUGCAACUGCCGUGAUCGACCUGCUGUCCAAGAGCGAUGCCGAUCACGUGACGACGCAGAUCAUCAACAUGUACCUCCAGCUGGAGCUGCUCGACCAGGCGCUCGUGUGGUACAAUCGCCGGCUCACCAAGUUUGGCCUGGCGCCCACCGCCAAGAUCAUCGACAACUUCGCCUCCUAUCACAGAUACAAGAAACACCGUGACUAUAAUCUUUCAUGUGCCAAAUACUGGCGCAACAUAUCCUUCUUUAUGAAGUUCUCCCAGGAGCAUCUGGCAGAGUGUUACAAGCACAGCCAUUUGAAGCAGAUGCCGCCCAUGCAGGCGUUGGAGCAGAUUCACGCCAAGGCCGACCACACCAAGGAAAUCAAGGAUGUGCGGAAUCUGAAGGGCUUGCAACCACGCGACUGGAUGUACAACGUGAUCGAUCAGUCACAUCUGGACAACAUCUACGAGAACAAGGAUGUCGAGGCUCUGGGCCUCUUCCUCUCGCUGGGCAAGGGCAAGGGCAUACCAACGCACCGAUUGAUGGAGGUGUGCUACGAGCUGUACUUCCCGCGCGAGAACAUUAUGGCAUUCGCGAGGCAGUUUGGAUUCUUGGGCAUGAAGCUGCGAGGUCUAUUCAUCAACUCUCCGCUCUUCUCAUAUCUCAUGCACAAAGACUUUGACGCUGGCGUCUCGUUGUUGAGCAGCGAGCGGUCGAAGGACUACCAGAAUGAGAUCACCAACAGCAUACUGGUGAACACGCUUGUUGAGAAGGGACACAUCCGUCUGGCCAUGCAUAUGCUCAUGAACAAGGAGCUCAACAUCAAUCGAUACACGUGCGAUAAGUUUGUGCAGGCAUGCUUUGCCAACAACAUGUACUCGAAGCAAGUCUACUCCAACCUGGUGCACAUGAUUCCAGGCACAACGACCAUUGACAAUCUCAAGCUGGGACGGCUGAUCGUCAGCAACAAGUUUGACAAGGCUUGGGAUCUCUUUAACAAGCACCUCUUCAGACAUUCUAUCGGGAACGAGAUGACACUGGCCAACGUGAUCAAGAUGUUUAAGCAUCUCUUUGGCGAUCCCGUCCACAAUGAAGAUCAUUACAAGCGAUGGAGUGCACUGGCGAUCGAGGGUAUCAAUAAUACGAUGCAGCUCAAGAACAUGGUCUACUGUGCUUGGCUCGAACUGAUCGAUCCCAGCGCCACAGGACAAAACAUUGAUCACAUCGUCCGAGUCGUUGGAAAAGACAGCUACUUCUUCAGCACUCAAAACAGGCAACUCAGUCCAUUCCUUCAGGAGUAUCUGUUGUUGGUACAGGUGGAGAGACAGGUGAAUAUGUUCUUGCAGUCGCCUCUAAAGACAUUCUCCAGGGCAACAGUGGACAGCGUCAUACUCACCAACAGCGUCGUAAACAACAACAAUGUCAAAGAGAAGAUUGACCGAUUGGAAAGAGUGGGCAAUAUCACAGAGACAAUGGACAAUCCAAAGGUCAACAUCCAGAAGGCAUCAUCAUCAUCUGGCCAGGCACCACCCAUUGGAAUCAGUCAGGAAUCAAUGGAGUUCCUGACACAAAAGUACCUCCAGCCAGUGAUCAAUCACUUAAAGGGAUUCCAACCCGUCGAAGAGGUGCCCACUACAUUCGAAUCACAGGACUUCAUGUCCGGGACCGAUGUCGACAUUGAGCUCCUGGACAAACUACUUGAUAAAGAUUGA